CUACUUAUAUAAGGCCGGCAGCUUCAAGAGAAUCAGAGAAAACGAGAAAGCUGUAGAGAGUUAAACUUUGCUGCAACGACGCAAGAAACAAUGAAGAUGAAGAGGGUGUUCAUUUUUGGCAAAGGAAGGAGUGAAGGAAACAAGGGCAUGAAGGAUUUGUUAGGUGGGAAAGGGGCAAAUCUUGCUGAGAUGGCAAGCAUUGGGUUGUCAGUACCGCCGGGGCUCACGAUAUCAACAGAGGCAUGCCAAGAAUACCAACAGAUUGGAAAGAAAUUGCCAGAUGGACUGUGGGAGGACAUCUUAAAUGCUUUGGGCAAUGUCGAGAAACAAAUGGAUGCUUUCCUAGGUGACCCUUCUAAGCCACUCCUCCUCUCUGUACGGUCUGGGGCUGCGAUAUCCAUGCCGGGCAUGAUGGAUACUGUCCUUAAUCUUGGUCUCAACGAUGAGGUGGUUGCUGGUUUGGCUGCAAAGAGUGGAGACCGCUUUGCAUAUGACUCCUAUAGACGUUUUCUGGAUAUGUUCGGAGACGUUGUCAUGGGCAUCUCACAUUCAUUAUUUGAGGAAAAGUUAGAGAGGCUGAAGGAUGAAAAAGGAGUGGAUCUUGAUACUGACCUUACAGCUGCUGAUCUUAAAGAGCUUGUAGCACAAUACAAGCAAGUCUAUGUUGCAGCCAGGGGUGAAGAAUUUCCUUCAGAUCCAAAGAAGCAGUUAGAGUUGGCUGUCAAAGCAGUCUUUGACUCCUGGGAUAGUGCAAGGGCUAUCAAGUAUAGGAGCAUCAACAAAAUAACUGGGUUGAAGGGGACUGCUGUUAAUAUUCAAUGUAUGGUUUUUGGAAACAUGGGGAGUACUUCUGGAACAGGUGUUCUUUUCACUAGGAACCCAAGCACUGGAGAAAAUAAGCUCUAUGGAGAGUUUCUUGUCAAUGCUCAGGGAGAGGAUGUUGUUGCUGGAAUUAGAACACCACAGGACCUAGACACCAUGAAAAAAUACAUGCCUGAAGCUUACAAGGAACUUGUGGAAAACUGUGAAAUUCUGGAGAGGCAUUACAAAGAUAUGAUGGAUAUUGAAUUCACAGUUCAGGAAAAUAGGCUAUGGAUGUUGCAAUGCCGAACAGGAAAGCGAACUGGAAGGGGUGCUGUAAAGAUUGCAGUUGACAUGGUUAAAGAAGGUCUUGUUGAUACUCGUUCUGCUAUGAAGAUGGUUGAGCCACAGCAUCUUGACCAACUUCUUCAUCCCCAGUUUGAGAAUCCAUCUGCUUACAAAGAGCAAGUUAUUGCCACUGGGUUGCCUGCAUCACCCGGAGCUGCAGUGGGUCAGGUUGUUUUCAGUGCUGAUGAUGCCGAAUCAUGGCAUUCACAAGGAAAGGAUGUUAUCUUGGUGAGGAUGGAGACCAGCCCAGAGGAUGUUGGGGGCAUGCAUGCAGCUGCUGGCAUCUUGACAGCUAGAGGUGGCAUGACCUCCCAUGCAGCUGUUGUAGCUCGUGGAUGGGGAAAAUGUUGUGUUUCAGGCUGCUCUGACAUUCGUGUAAAUGACAGUGAAAAGGUUGUUAUAGUUGGAGGCAAAAUUAUUAAAGAAGGGGAAUGGUUGUCACUUAAUGGAUCUACAGGAGAAGUGAUAUUGGGGAAGCAGCCACUCUCUCCUGCUGCCAUGAGUGGUGGCUUACAGACUUUCAUGUCUUGGGCCGAUGAAAUACGCCAUCUCAAGGUUAUGGCAAAUGCAGACACACCUGAGGAUGCACAAACAGCAAGAAAUAAUGGUGCAGAAGGAAUCGGGCUUUGUAGAACGGAACACAUGUUCUUUGCAUCAGAUGAGAGGAUAAAGACUGUGAGACAGAUGAUUAUGGCAGCAACACCUGAACAGAGGAAGAAAGCACUAGACUUGCUAUUGCCUUAUCAACGAUCUGACUUUGAAGGCAUUUUUCGUGCAAUGGACGGUCUUCCUGUGACAAUCCGACUCUUAGAUCCUCCACUCCAUGAAUUUUUGCCAGAAGGUGACAUAGAACAUAUUGUUGGUGAACUAACUUCUGACACUGGAGUGACUGAAGAUGAGGUUUUUGCAAGGGUUGAGAAACUAUCAGAAGUAAAUCCCAUGCUUGGUUUCCGUGGCUGCAGGCUUGGGAUCUCCUACCCAGAACUAACUGAAAUGCAGGCAUGUGCUAUCUUUCAAGCUGCCAUUUCCAUGAGCAAGCAGGGUGUUGAUGUUUACCCUGAAAUAAUGGUUCCCCUUAUCGGAACACCUCAGGAACUGGAGCACCAAGUCAGUUUAAUACGUGGUGUUGCAGAGAAGGUGUUCUCUGAGAUGGGGACAACCAUUAGCUAUAAGGUUGGAACCAUGAUUGAGGUCCCUAGGGCUGCUCUACUUGCAGAUGAGAUUGCAAAGGAAGCAGAGUUCUUCUCAUUUGGGACCAAUGACCUCACACAGAUGACAUUUGGUUACAGUAGAGAUGAUGUUGGCAAAUUUCUACCCGUAUACCUAGCAAAGGGCAUUCUGAAGUGUGAUCCAUUUGAGGUGCUUGAUCAGAAAGGUGUGGGCCAACUCAUCAAGGUUGCCACAGAAAAAGGACGCAUGGCUAGGCCUAACUUGAAGAUUGGAAUAUGUGGAGAACAUGGUGGAGAACCUUCUUCUGUUGCAUUUUUUGCUGAGGUUGGACUUGACUACGUCUCCUGUUCACCAUUCAGGGUUCCAAUCGCAAGGCUAGCAGCAGCUCAAGUGGCUGUUUGAGAGAGGAGUCAAUCAAGGAAAAUAAAGCAAGGCAACCACCUGCUGUUUUAGAUAACUUUGUGCGGGAAUUAUGUAAAUAAUUAUGGGUUGUUCUUGUAUGAUGUAAUAAGACGUGAUUAUAAAGUUGCUACUUGCUAUGUAUAUCAGCCCUUUUUUUUGAUGAAUAGUAUAUCAUCUCUUCAGUCUACCUUACUC